AUGUCUUUCUAUCUAUCUAUUAGAAUAUAUUUUCUUCAUAUCUAUCUAUCUAUCUAUCUAUCUAUCUAUCUAUCUAUCUAUCUAUCUACAUCUAUUUCAGAUUAUUCUAUUGCUUCUAACUUGCUUAUUUUCUCCUAUUUCUUCCUCUCCCUAUUCCAAGAAGCCAUCCCAGCCUCCCUGCCGACCUCUUUGCGUAUUCAUCUAUCCGUGUUGGCCGACCUAUCGUCGCUUGCCGCAAUUCUAUCAGCUGGAAGUCUUGGUCGAUCACCGAGCCAAUCAUUCAGCGAUGCAUUUGUAGAUUACAGUAAACGCCCCGUUCAGCUCUCUUUCUCAUUAAAUACCUGGCGAACGGACAUUAGUGAGAUCGCCGGCGGUCAUUUUUGUGUGUGGAAUAAAGGAGGUGGGUGUUCGCGGGAUAAUGAUGUCGGCAGAGAAUGUAGAACGAAGUCUCUUCAUCACAAAGUUUCUGUUAAUAUCUAUCUAUCUAUCUAUCUAUUCAUAUCAAUCAUCUCUCUUUCUCUCUCUCUCUCUCUCUCUCUCUCUCUCUGUAUCUAUCUAUCGAUAAGAAAAUGA